GCGUCACUUCCGGAAACAAAUAUUUCGAAAUAUUUUGAACAAAAUUACUCAUUUUUUCGAAUAAUCAGUCUAUUAUCGGACUCUUGAUAUAUCUUUUUAGUAAUAUUUGUAAAAUAUGAGUUCCGGAGCGGGCGAUGGAGCCCCUCCCUCGUACGAAGAUGUGGUAAAAUCCACCCCUAAUGAAUAUAAUCCGGCAUAUGGAGCACCAGGUGGUCAAGUCCCACCCACAGGACAAGUUCCCUACCCCCCACCUGCGGGACAAGUUCCUUACCCCCCACCUGCGGGACAAGCUCCUUACCCCCCACCCACAGGACAAGCUCCCUACCCCCAGCAACCUACAAGUGAUGCCCAAAGGCCUUACCCUGUUCAGCCACCCCCUCCUCCAGGAUAUGGGGUACAACCAAACUAUAUAUGCGGAGCACAACCUGUUAAUUAUGGGAACAAUGUCUAUUCAGGGCAACCGGGUGUAGUCACAAUACAGAAUACCCAAGGACAAGUACAAACUCAACCAAUGGGAAAUUACAGAAAGAAGGUGUGUAUCAUUGUAUUUACAUUUGUGAUCAUCAUGGUGAUAUGUAUGAUAUCAUUCCUCACCAUGUGGUAACCUAGCAACGCACAAUGAUGACAUAGCAACAGAAAAAUGAGUGAUUAGACAAUAAUCUACGCAGUUAUACACUGUAAAUGGUCUAGCAGCGUGACGUUUAACACAAUAAAUUGGACAUUAUGACUAGAGACCCCUUAGAAGCUUCAUAAUAAGUUAAUAACUACCCAUAAAGUUAUAAAAUAUGUUCAUUUGAAUAAAUAGCCAUCAUACUCCUGGUGGUUGAAAAAAGUCUGCAGUUAAUCUGAACUGAGGAAUCAACUAAAUAACAUCCACGUCGUAUAGUUAAACCUGUAAAGUGAAAUCAAGUAGGAACCCAUAACUGAGUAGG